AAAACAAUAGGGAUUUCCAUCCGAAAUGGAAAUCCCUAAUUAUGAACGAAGGCAAAACAAAUGCCUCUAUAUCCAUAUCUAAAAUUAUGUUAUUAUAUCAAAUAAUAUAUAAAUCAUGCAUUUUAUCAUCAUUUUCAUCCUACUUAAAAUACAAGUGCCUGCAAUUAACCAGAAAAAUGUUUUAAGAUUAGUUCGCUCAUCAUUCAAGUAGAAGUUCGAAGCUCGUAUCAAAGCGAAAUAUUUGGUAGUGUGCAACCUAGCUGACGAUUGUCUUAUAAUUAUUCCCCUUGUUCUACCUCUUUUAUAUUAAAGGCUUAAAACUCCAAACGUGUAGUCGUGAUUUUACAAAAUCUGAAAGAAGCUGGAAUAACGUUUUGGAACAGAGAUUGUUAUAAUCUGUCAGCUAUGGCAUCUUCAGUCGACGUACAGACGUUAAUGGAGAUGGGUUUUACAAAAAACAACGCGGAAAGGGCACUCGCAAAAACUAGAUACCAGGGAGUACAACUAGCUAUGGAUUGGUUGUUUGCUCAUGAAGAUGAUCCAGAUAUCAAUGAACCCUUUGAAGCACCACAAGGGCACGUACUAGGAGCCACUACUGUUGAUAUACCGCCUGCUCAGACAGAUGGCAGUGGUGAUGUGACUGUGGGAGGUGGAGGAGAGCCUGGAGGAGAGCCUGGAGUAUCGGGGGAGACCGGAGAGGCUCCACAGCAGGCUCAUUCUCUCAAAUGUGAUGAAUGUGGGAAGUUGCUUAAAGGAGAGAUGGAUGCCCAAGCACAUGCAGCCAGAACAAAACAUUCCCAAUUCUCAGAGUCGGUAGAAGAAAUCAAACCAUUAACAGCUGAGGAAAAGGCAGAGCAAAUGAGAAAGUUGCAGGAGAGAAUGAAGAAAAAUAGACUUGAACGGGAAGAAAAAGAAAAACAGGAUGCACUAGCAAGAGAAAUACAGAGGAGACAGUCUGGUAAAAUGAUCAUUAACACCAAGCAGAAGAUUGAGGAGACUGAGCUUAAGAAAAUUGCAGAACAACGACAACGAGAGAAGCGAGAAGAUAUGGAAGCAAGACGGAAAGUAAAAGAGGCAAUAGAACGUGACAAGGCAGAAAGAGCAGCAAAGAAGAACAAACCAGAUGUUUCUAAGACUGCUACAGCUCCACAACCUACACCUGCUGCAUCUGUGGAGAAAAAAUCCUACACUGAUUGUCAGCUUCAGAUUCGACUUCCGGGUGGAGAUACAUUAAACCACACCUUCUCAGCCAAGGAGCCACUGGCAGCAGUACGUUUGUAUAUCCAGAUGAACAAGCCAGAAACUGGAGCUUUCAAUUUACGCCAGAAUUUUCCACCUAAAGUCUAUCAACAAGAGGAUUAUGAAAAACCUUUAGACCAAUUAGGACUAGUACCAAGAGCGAAUCUACUUGUAGUGAAGAAGUGAAUCUGUGAUAUAUAAUGUACCAGUAUGAACCUAUACAUUUCCAUGUCGGCUGCCAUUGAAGAAAUAGUUGAUGCAUUAAGUGCUAGGGACUCCUUCAUUGUGUGGAAGAUGUCCGUCUGUUACUUUCCAUGAAAGAUGUUUUAAAUUUGUAUUACAUUGUACAUGCACAAUGAAUUUCAGCUCGAAAGAUAUUUGUCACAGAUAUACUCUUAGUAGUGCCAAUUGUCUGUACUUUUAUUAUGAUGAAUUCACAACUAUAAUUAACUUACAACAUAAUGAUGCAUUCGUAUAUGCCUGAUAGGUAUGUGUUUAUUGACUGACAACAUAAUGAUGCAUUCGUAUAUGCCUGAUAGGUAUGUGUUUAUUGACUGUUCAGGGAAGAAUCUUCCUUCAUCUGUGUGCAUGUCUCAUGUGUUUUGCUGUGAUUGUAACCAUUGUAUUCAAGUGAAAAUGUUUUAUUUGAUUACAUGUAUUUAUAAAAUGCAUCUUUCUUGAAAGUAAUUGUAUGCCUUACACAUUUCCGAAAUAAUAAAAAAUCUACAGAUUUUUUGUAGCUGAAA